CAAUCCUGGUCAAUAUUCCCAAAAUCAAUAUGGCUGUAGACUUGAAAACGAACGGCGAGAGUCUUUCCAAGGCUUGGCAAGACAUCUUCGAUGACAAAUGUGAAACGGACUGGGCAGUCUUCGGUUACGACAAGAAAAGCAACACAUUGAAGGUUGUCGAAACUGGAGAUGGAGGCCUAGAAGAGCUUGCUGAUGAAUUCAACAGCGGAAAGAUAUUGUAUGCAGGAUUGAAAGUUUUGGAUCCUAACACAAAUUUACCAAAAUAUGUUCUCAUCAACUGGCAAGGUGAAGGUGUUCCAUCUUCCAUAAAGGGAACUUGCGCCAAUCAUGUUCGAGAUGUGGAGAGAUUUUUUCGAGGACAUCAUGUUGUAAUUAAUGCACGUUCAGAAGAUGAUGUUGAAGAAAAUGUCAUUAUCAAAAAAGUAAAAGCUUCCUCAGGAGCAAACUACAGCUACCACAAAGAGAAGGCCAGACCUGUUGAAGCCCCAACUGCUGUUGGUUCGGUGUACAAGAAGGCAAAUGUUCAUCAAUAUACCGACAUGAAUAAACGUAAUCAGUUUUGGUCUCAGCAAGAGAAAGAGGAAAACAAGAGGCAAGAAGAAGAAACCAGACGUAAAACAGUGGAGAGGGAAGAAUUGGAAAAUAAACGAAAACAAAGAGAGCUGGAUGAAGCAAGGAGAAGAGAUGUUGAAAUCCAAGAAAGGUCCAAAAACAUUCAACAAAGAAGGACACAAGAAGAAGAGAUUGCUGCGAGAAGAGAACAGGAAAGGAGAGAGAAGGAAGCAGCUAAAGCUGAGGCUUACACAAGAGAAUAUGAAGAAGAGAAGGCGAGAUCCUCAUCGGCACCUGGUCGAAGACAGGAAGCUGAAGAACUUAUCCGAGCUGGUAAAGUAGCAAGACCUCAGCCUCCAGUUCCCCAAAAGCAACAACAAUAUGAACCAGAGCCUGAACCACAGUACGAACCAGAGCCCGAACCACCGUACGAACCAGAGCCCGAACCACCGUACGAACCAGAGCCCGAACCACCGUACGAACCAGAGCCUGAACCACCGUAUGAACCAGAGCCUGAACCGCCGUACGAACCAGAGCCUGAACCACCGUACGAACCAGAGCCUGAACCACCAUACGAACCAGAGCCUGAACCACCGUACGAACCAGAGCCUGAUCCUCAAUAUGAGCCGGAGCCCGAACCCCAGCAUGAGCCAGAGCCUGAACCACAGUAUGAUCCUGCCGAUUAUGACGAUGACAAUGUCUAUGAUAAUGCAGAUGUUAUUGCUCAAGCUAACACCAGUGAUAUGAAGGCCCAAGCAUUGUACGAUUAUCAAGCAGCUGAUGACACGGAAAUAACAUUCGACCCCGGUGACGUCAUAACGGAAAUCGUUCAGAUAGAUCCCGGAUGGUGGCAAGGCCGUGCCCCCGAUGGUUCUUACGGUUUGUUCCCCGCCAACUAUGUUGAGCUUAUGGAAUGAGUCCUGACCAAUUUAGUGACCAAUGUUUGCGAUGCUAUCUUUUACGUAGCUAAUUUACGCAGAUUUUUCGAGACAAAUUAUCAAACAUUUGAAAUAAACGGCAAUUUUUUUCACUUUUUUUAUUGCAUACAUGGUUUCGGCAUGCCCGUGCCAUCUUAAAAAUUUGUCGUUUGUCUUCAAUGUAUAACAUGAAUGGUUCCGCUACGAAACAAUACACAGAAUUAAUAAGAAUUGUCUUGAUUCGUAAAGUUCUCUAGUUGACCUAUUUUUAUAAAAAACGAUACCGAGAUUUUGAUUGUUCAUUUUUGGGAAAAAUUGAUAAGUGCAUAGACUUCUAUUUCCUCACAGAUCUUAACGACGCACGUAUAUAAUCGCCUUAAAAACGAAUUGUUUUAGUGCAUUGUCAACGUCGAUGAUUGUUUAUCAAUAAAGCUGUAGAAACGUA